AUGAAUUCAGCUGACAAUUUCUAUUCGACGUUCGUUAUUAACUGCGUCUUUAACUCCCUCUUGUGUUUCACCGCCAUCGUGUUGAACAUUGUCACAAUAAUCGCGCUGAAUAAAGCCUCCUCGACGUUACCAAAGAAUUUCAGGACUUUGCUCCUGACUCUUUCUGUUUCUGAUCUUGGUGUUGGUUUGUUUGUCCAACCUUUGAAUACUGCAAGGCUUUUCAUGAUGAUAGAAGAAAAAGAUCAAACUCGAAUGUUUGAGAUUACGUUGAAAAGUUUUUAUCUCAUGGGGAAUUUCCUCUUCUAUACUUCUUUU